UCUGUGUUUUAGACUGACAGGCCUGACAGCUAGGUCAGUCAACAUAGAACUUAUGAGAUUUUCGUAGUCUUAAUUGUAUAUGUUUGUACUCAAGAUUAUCUAAAUUAUGCCGAAAAAUAAAGGAAAAGGUGGUAAAAACAGGAGGAGGGGAAAGAACGAAAAUGAAACAGAAAAACGUGAGUUAGUCUUUAAAGAAGACGGACAGGAAUACGCCCAAGUCACAAAGAUGCUCGGUAAUGGCCGCUUAGAGGCCAUGUGCUUUGAUGGCAUAAAACGUCUAUGCCACAUCAGAGGAAAGUUAAGAAAAAAAGUCUGGAUAAACCAGGGAGAUAUUAUAUUAAUUGGUUUACGAGAUUAUCAAGACGCAAAAGCGGAUGUCAUCCUCAAAUAUACCCCUGACGAGGCAAGGAAUCUGAAAACGUAUGGAGAAUUCCCUGAAACUGUACGCAUCAAUGAGACUGUAGUGUAUUCUGUUGAUGGUCUGGAUGAAGAUAUUGAAUUUGGUGAUGAAGUAAGCUCAGAAGACGAAGCUGAUACUGUUGAUAAUAUAUAAGUAAUUUUUAUAUGUCUAACAUACAGUAAGUCAAUGUAAAUUUAUUUUCCGUUAUGAAUAAACUGAAUUUGUGAUUUUGAUAUUUGUUCUCAAAAUUACAUGUAGUCUUACACCUUAAGAAAUGUCUAGAUUAUUUAGACACCCAGUAUUGUCAUAAAUUUAACAGUAAAAAAACAACAAUUAAAAUAAUACAAUUAUUUAUUUAAAUAAAAUGUAAAAAAAUAUUUCUACAUCAUAGCAAAAUAAUAGAUAUCUUGCACAACAUUCCUUGAUCCAUUAAGUCACCUUUGUCACAUAAAAUUGUAAGGAAUGUAUAUAAUAAAUUAAUAAACGUAGAAAUCUGUUUUUAUUUGAUUACAUAUAUUGUUAACCAUAAUACAACACUUAGCUUAUUUGCUGAGGUUGCUGAACUUGUUAACUAUAAGACAUGGAUAUUUUCUAUUUAACAGUACUGUAAUGUACUAAAAUUGACAGCGUAAAAUAAUUGGCUAAGUUUACCAAAUUCCACUAGUUUAGCUUAUUGGUAGAUGUGAUUUCGUUUUUAUUAUAGUAAUUAACAAACAGCCUUUACUAGAACAUAUACCGAGCUAACUAUCAUUGCCCCUUGUAUCUUUUUAACUUCCCAAAUGUGCUGUGUUAUUGAUGAUAAAAUUAUUUAGAUUUUUGAGAGUUUAAUAAGGGACCAUGUAUGGUACUUAUAAUUAAAUCCAAAAAUGAUUCAUGUAUUAUACACUUUGCUUUUUCUCAAA